CCCCGAGGGGCGGCGGAUUCGCGCGAGAGGAGGCGGGGCUCGCGUUUGAAAGAUGGCGGACGAAGUGGACCAGCAACAAACAACAAAUACUGUAGAGGAGCCACUGGAUCUGAUCAGACUCAGUCUAGAUGAACGAAUCUAUGUGAAAAUGAGGAAUGACCGAGAACUUCGAGGCAGAUUACAUGCUUAUGAUCAGCACUUAAAUAUGAUUUUGGGUGAUGUUGAAGAGACCGUGACAACAAUAGAGAUUGAUGAGGAAACCUAUGAAGAGAUUUAUAAAUCUACCAAGAGGAAUAUUCCAAUGCUCUUUGUCAGAGGUGACGGCGUUGUGCUCGUAGCUCCUCCAUUGCGGGUUGGCUGAAACCAUAAAGGAUUUUCCCUGGUUGGAAAGCUGCUCGCUUUGAGAUAAGGCUCCUGUUCAGAUCACACUUCUGUGCAAAACUCUGUGCAUAUUUUUAUAUGAUAUUGUUGGUUUGUGUUUUGUUUUUGUUUUUUUGCACCUGCUUGGCUUGUGGAUCAUUGGAAAUAACCGACAAAAAUGAUGAAAGGAUGGUGUGAGACAGUUUAGUUUUCAAGGAGUAAAUUUAAAUGCUAUAAUACAGGUGUCUGUCAAAUCAGUAAAUUAAUCUUUUCAGUUUUACAAUCUUGGCAAUUGCUGAGUUCUAAUUUUUUAAUAAAUAUGGUUUAUCUUUUGGA